AACAGCGAGAACAUGCCGAGAGGAUUUUUAGUGAAAAGGAACAAGAAACCCAACCCGGUUUCCUACCGGGUCCGAUCCGAUGAGGAUGAACCGGUGCAAGCAGCAGCUGAUGCUCGCCUCGCCUCCUUCCCGGUACGGGCGCACACGCCGACGCCCACCUGCGGGGAGGCGGCUGCAGCACCGGAGCAGAGCACUAAACCGGUCCAGUUUGGGAACCCAGAGGUGGUUUAUCAGGCUCUCUACAGCCCCACCCGGCCCGUCAGUCAGGACCAUGAUCGCUCCUACUUCGAGAGACGCUUCAACCUGGGCUCACCUGUUUCUGCGGAGUCUUUCCCCACACCGGCAGCGGCACUCACGGCUCUGGAUCACCUCUUCGCUCCGGCGGAUGUGAAACCAGCCUCCAGCAACAGCGCCGCAAACACCGGGACUCUCCCAAACCUACACCCGAACCAACCCGCAGCCAAACGACCCUCCAGCGACACCCACGAACGCAAAAGCAAACCACCGUCCAAGAAAACCAAAGCUAUCCGGAAACUGCACUUUGAGGAUGAUGUCACCACAUCUCCGGUUCUCGGGUUAAAGAUUAAAGAAGCUCCGGUGGACCAGAAGCCCUUUUUGGCUGACAACCCGAUGGGGGAGUUUGUGUGCCAGCUGUGCCGGGAAGCGUACAGAGAUCCAUUUUCUCUGGCGCAGCAUAAAUGCUCCAGAAUAGUCCGGGUUGAGUACAGAUGUCCUGAGUGUGAUAAGGUGUUCAGCUGCCCGGCUAACCUCGCUUCUCACCGGCGGUGGCACAAACCGAAACCGCAAAAUUUGGAGCCAGAGAAUAAAGUGGCUGCAGGAGUGUCCGUGAAGGCUGCACCGGAUGAUGGGAAGGAUACUAGUGAUAGAGACACACCCAGCCCAGGGCCGUCCGAGUCCGGCUCAGAGGAAGGCUUGUACGAUUGUAAUCACUGUGGGAAAAAGUUUAAACGUCAAGCAUACCUGAGGAAACACCUUGCGUCACAGCACGGCUCUCCAAAACCGGCGGAGGAGGAGGACGCACCGGCCUGCGAGCAAAACGCAGCGCCGCUCAACCUGAGCUCCUCCACCUGCCACCUGUGUCCGGUCUGCGGGGAGAACUUUUCCAACAGGGACAGCCAGGAGAGGCACAUCCGUCUGCUGCACUCCUCGCAGGUGUACCCUUGCAAAUACUGCCCCGCCAUCUUCUACAGCUCGCCGGGACUCACGAGGCACAUCAACAAAUGCCACCCGUCCGAGAACCGGCAGGUGAUCCUGCUGCAGAUGCCCCUGCGCCCCGCCUGCUGA